AUGGGACUUAAGGCUUGGUUUGAUUUGGUGACUGUUCCAUCUUUGGCCUCAGUCUACAACGAGUAUGCUUUGAAGAGCGAAUAUGACAGAAGCAUUUAUCUUCAGAAUUGUGGAUAUCUUAACAAAGAGCAAUGUAUCCGUCUGUUUGAAGAGCUCAAUAAAUACAGAACAUUGCCCAGAAUAUCACGAGAAGAUUUUGAGUUAAUUUUCGAUGAGCUGGAUGACAGUCAUGACUUCAAGAUUAAUUUGGAUGAAUUUGAUGACCUUUGCAAUGCCAUCGCACUACAAUUUCAAAAGGAGGAUUCACCAUCUUGUUUCGAAAAAUUUCCAACAGUCUACCAUUCGCCUUUAUCUGAAAAUCUAAAUGCCUUUGUUCGAAGUCCCAAGUUUGAAUACUUAGUAGUCUUCAUUCUCAUCUUGAAUCUGGCUGCUGUUAUUGUUGAAACAACGCUUGAUAUAGAGAAUAAUUCUGCUCAAAAGAUUUGGCAAAAGGUAGAGUUUGUUUUUGGUUGGUUAUAUGUCAUAGAAAUGGCACUAAAAAUCUAUGCGUAUGGAUUUGAGAACUAUUGGAGGGAUGGUCAAAAUCGUUUUGAUUUCAUUAUCACAUGGGUUAUAGUUAUUGGAGAAACAGCAACUUUCUUGGACCCCGAUGGACUGACUUUUCUUUCAAAUGGGGAAUGAGUUACAAGGAAUUGACAGGAACUUCUUGGACAUAUGCCUAUUUUGUCAGCUUCUAUCUAAUAACGAUUUUGUUGCUUUUGAAUUUGGUCAUGGCAUUUGUCUUAGAGGCAUUCUUUGCUGAAAUGGAACUUGAAACUUCAGAGAAUUGUGAAGCCGUGGGGAAGGAAGCAGGAAAGGACAGGCGCCAUUCCAUUGGAUCAAAAACGCGGAGUCAGAGAAUUGAUAUCCUCCUCCAUCAUAUGUUAAGCACAGAGCUGGACCAAACACAGUGCUCCAGUCCAUGAAUUUGCUUUGUUUCCAUCCUGGCUUUGAAGGACCAGAGAAAGCAUGAGAGAUAUAUUUCCCUCGCUUUUUGUGUUCUCAAAUUAAACACAGUUCGGAUUACUCUUCCAGGAAGCUCAGUUGUGUGUGAAGCACGAAUCAUCAUUCAUGUUGGUGUUUAGCACACGGGAGAGCCAAUGAAUCGUCAUCCAUGCAGCCUUUUUGCAUACAGGAGAGUAGACAAAAGAAAUGGUGCUCUACCAUUUCACAAUAUCUGAUUCCUGAAAACAGCAUUCCCUUUUGUAUUGUUUUCUUCUUUUCUCUCCUCUAAAGUCAACAGCUAUAAAACACUCCUUGUUAUGACAAAACCAUAAGAACCACUGUAUAUUCUUUCUAGUGCAUUCAAUUCGAAGCUCAGUGCUUGAAUUACAUUUGUUUUGGUUGUUAAAAUGUUUUAAUUUUUAAAAAAUUUCAGCAGUUGCAUGAACAUUGUACUUUUAAAGGAAAAGUCAUGACCCAAUGGGAUUCUCGUCU